UUUUUCCUACGCCGGAUAUGACCUCCACAUUCUUCUCCGCCGCAGCGAUAAGACUUCAUGCAGGGACUUAAAUCUUGAAAAUUCACUCUUGUCCUUCCGUCUUUCAAACUUGCCGCUGGACCGCCUGAGGAAGACCAGUCCAGAUUCCACUUAUGGCGACUGCUCAUACUGCGGAUCCGAAAAGCACGGUGACGGCGACUGGAAGUGAAGCUCUGGAGGAUCCAGCCAGCCAUGUUGAUCGCGGACUACGCGCAUGGACGGUGGUGAUCGGAGCAUGGUGCUGCCUUUUCUGUGGCUUUGGGUGGGUGAACGCCAUUGGAGUUUUCCAAGAGUAUUACCAAACCCACCAAUUGCAAUCUUACACGGCAUCCAGCAUCUCGUGGAUCUUGUCUCUAGAACCGUAUAUUCUCUUUGCGGCAGGGCUUGUCAUUGGAAGGCUUUUCGACAAUUACGGUCCCCAAUGGCUUCUGCUCAUUGGGACUCUUCUCCACGUUUUCGGUCUCAUGAUGACUUCCAUAUCGAAUGAGUAUUAUCAAUUCAUUCUAGCCCAGGGAAUCUGCAGCCCUCUUGGGGCAAGCUUCGUGUUCUACCCCGCCCUCUCAUGCACAGCAACGUGGUUCGAUAAGCGGCGUGCCCUGGCUUUCGGUAUUGUCUCAAGCGGUUCCUCACUCGGUGGAGUCGUGUUCCCGACGAUGCUGUCGCGACUCCUACCAAGUAUCGGGUUUGGAUGGUCCCUGCGCAUCUCAGGCUUCAUAGUCCUUGCGAUGCUGAUCGUCGCCAACCUGACCGUUCGGUCGAGAAUUGCGCCCGUUCCACGACCUGUCAAGUUGACAGAUUACAUCGACCCCUUUUCGGAAGUGCCAUUUAUCCUACUCAUGCUGGCGGCCUGUUGCGGCUUCUUCGCCAUGUUCGUACCAAUCAACUAUGUUAUUGUGGAGGCGCAGGAGGACGGAGUCGAUCGCGACUUAGCUGGGUACUUGUUAACUAUACUUAAUGCCGCCAGCCUUCCCGGCCGUAUCCUACCCGGCUAUCUAGGUGAUAAACUAGGUCGAUUCAACGUCAUGAUCGCCAUGUGUGUACUGUCUGCUGUGGUGUUGCUGGCACUCUGGCUCCCCGGCACCCUUUUCUCCCCUGGCAGUGCGGCUGUCUACGUCGUCUUCAGCUUGUUAUAUGGGUUUGCCUCGGGUGCGUUCGUCGGCAUGGUCCCCGCCCUUCUGAGCCAGAUAUCCCCCGACGUGACCAAGACCGGGGUUCGUCAGGGCGUCUUAUUCACUUGUACCAGUAUCGCCUCACUCACAGGGAGUCCCAUUGCCGGGGCGAUUCUGAACCGACAGCACGGGACCUAUUGGGGCUUACAGGUGUUUGCGGGAGCCAUGAUGGCGGCAAGCGUGUUCUUCUUUGUCGCAGCGAGGGUGGUCCUUGCCGGGUUUUCAGCUCGCAAGAAGGUAUAAAGUGCAGUAUAUAAAGAUGAGAUAUAUAUACAUGUACAAUCUUCAUAUUUCAAAAUACGCCAUUCCAGACCUCAAACGGACAGAUUUGGAGAUUUUUAGACCAGUGAUUGAUUGGAAGCCUUCGAGCGUUGAUUGUUUGACAGAGUGUAAUAAGGAUGUUAUGUAUACUGCUGCUGACCCGCUGCAUCUAUUUGGAUAUUUAUCACGGGGUUUAGGGUUUUGCAAUACUGGGAAGAUGG